CAACCCCUGAAGAUCUCUCUCCAUCGUUAUCUCUGCAUAUCUCUACCUUUUUUCUGUCGCCAGAACCCAAAAUGGUGAAGAUUUGGGGUUUAGUGGCGAUUGUGCUUAUUGUUCUGGUCCAAAAUGUGUCGUCGUAUGAUCGGCCGGGCACUCGGAAAAAUUUAGUGAUACAUCCGUCUAGCGACGAUCCUCUGUCCCCGGAUCAGGUGCAUAUAUCUCUCGUUGGGCCGGACAAAAUGAGAAUAUCAUGGAUAACGAAAGGCUCAGCCAUGCCGACUGUUGUGUACGGCACAACCUCCGGCAAAUACGAAGGCUCGGCUACUGGAACGACGUCGUCGUACCACUUCCUGUUGAUUUAUUGUUCGGGCCGAAUUAAUGAUGUGGUUAUAGGCCCAUUAAAGCCCAAUACAGUUUACUAUUACAAAUGCGGAGGUCCAUCUUCAACCCAAGAGUUCAGCUUCAAGACACCUCCCUCUCAAUUUCCAAUCAAAUUCGCCGUGGCCGGUGACCUUGGGACAACUGAAUGGACUAAAUCAACAUUGGAACAUAUAUCAAAAUGGGAGCACGACGUUUUUAUCUUGCCUGGAGAUCUGUCGUAUGCUAAUUUUUUGCAACCCGUGUGGGACACUUUUGGUCGCUUGGUGCAGCCACUUGCGAGCCAAAGGCCAUGGAUGGUCACUAAUGGCAACCACGAAGUCGAACGUGUUCCUGUUCUCCAUCGUCAAAGCUUCACCGCCUAUAACCACAGGUGGCACAUGCCAUAUGAAGAGAGUGGCUCGACCUCGAAUUUGUACUAUUCCUUUAACGUUUUCGGAGUCCACGUUCUAAUGUUGGGGUCAUACGCUGAUUUUGCGCCUGGAUCGGAUCAGUACCAAUGGUUAGAAAAAGAUCUCAAAAGCGUCGACCGUAAGACCACACCGUGGUUAGUGGCUGUGAUACACGCGCCGUGGUACAACACCAACGAAGCCCACCAAGGAGAGAAAGAGAGUGUGGAUAUGAAAGAAUCCAUGGAAACUCUUCUUUAUAAAGCUCGUGUCGAUUUGGUUUUCGCCGGUCACGUCCAUGCUUACGAGCGCUUUAAUCGGGUGUACCAAGAUAAAUUCGACAAAUGUGGUCCGGUUUAUAUUAACAUCGGAGAUGGCGGAAAUCUAGAAGGCCUUGCUACAGUCUACAAAAAACCAACUCCAGAAAUAUCAUUGUUUAGAGAAGCAAAUUUCGGGCAUGGACAUUUGGUGAUGGCGAAUGCGACUCACGCACAUUGGGAAUGGCAGAGGAACGACGAUGAUGUGUCUGUAGAAAAGGAUUCGGUUUGGUUAACCAGCCUCUCGGCAGAUUCAUCUUGUCAGAUUUAGACCGUCUCGGUUCGUGUUUUUAAUAGUAACAUAUGCCUCAUCAUUGAUUAUUUGUUAAAUGUCAAUGUGGAAAGGAAGAACCGAAAUAUAUUUAGUACUGAGUAUCGACAUCUAUGUUGAAAUAGGAGACAACAAUGUUCUAUUUAUAGAAUAAAAUAUAUUAGAACUCAUUAAAUAUUUUUAAUUUGUUUAAUCUUCUUGGUUGUUUUUCAGCAUUUCGGAUCCUUAACACUUCUCUACAAAAUGCAAAUUCAUAGACACCUUGUUAAGUUUUUCUUUCUUUCUUGGUUUUAGCUCUGUUGCAUUGUUACCAUCGAUGUCCAAGGUACCUACCUAAUUUAGAUGUGAUGCUUAGCCUUAUUGAAAGAAAGAAAUAAAUCAAUUAAGGGCAAACCCGUCAUUUCCAAAAUUCACGCCAGCUAGAGAUGAAGCAGCUCCUCACUUUAAAUAUUUAUAUCAUUGCCUUUGGUGUAAGCAAGU